UUUAUCUACAAUUUUAUUUCUUUGGUUUUCAUCAAAUCUCCACUUUUUGUGACCCUCUGAUUUAAAAAGAACGAUCGCUACGAAGGUGUCUUUCCGUCUGUCUGCGAUAUUAGUUUGGAAUAAUUUCCUAUCCCAAACCUUUGACAAGCCAUGGUGCUGAUAGUCUUAAGAUGGAUUCAAGAUUGAAAUCUCAUGCACAUAACGUGCCAGAAUUUAACCAAGAUUACUAAUAAAUAAUGCUGCUGAUUAAAAGUUACUGUGUCACCAAGUCCUGCGCAUUAGCCGUUUACGAUCUAUGCCCGGGAAGGUGAAAAACAUAAAUAUCUCCGUAUAGUAAAAAAAAAUUUAUAUACUCGAAACGUCAUUCAAAGCUCUCAAAGUUCAUCAGUUCUUCCUACAUUUAAAAAAAAUGUUGCUUUAUUAUCUGGUCCCCGCAUUGGUCGUUAUUCUCAAUUCUAUUGAAUUAAGUUUACAAGGCAUCACACAGUCUCGUCAACAUUUUUCUUCUAUCGAACUUCUUCCUUUGCAUUACUAUGAAGAAGAUCGUCGACUACCUCUUGGGUCAAAAAUAGUAGAAAAGUUCUCAUUUCCUCGCGGCUAUCUGUCGAAAGACAAACAUGGUAAUUUUUACAGAAUAUUACCAACUACAUUAUAUCGUGAAGCUGUAGCAGAUGCCGAAAAUCAGAUCGUGGGAUAUUUGGAUUUCAAUCAAGAGCUUUGGGGAAUAUAUGACAAUACUCCUCGCGGCCACUUCCGCGUUAAAAUAGACAAGCAACUCAAAACAAAGAAGGACAUGGACAAGCAAGAAAUAGAAAUUUUUCCUGAACAUGAAAUAUAUGAUAUAUCUGGUAUAACACGCAUACGAAAAAAAUUUGUCCUGUAAUAAGUGUAGAACUCUGUCUGGGAAUCCUUAACAAGCACCAUAAUGUUAUAAAAAUUGGAAGCUUCCUUUUUUGAAUUUUCAAAAGACAUUUCAAUACUAAGUAAAAAACAACAACAGAAAGUCCUAAAGCAUAGCAACUUUUUUUGUCAAUGGUUUGGGGGAGGUAUAAUUUGAAAAAUUCGAAAACUUCGAAAAAGGGUACUUCGAAAAAUUUCGUGGCUCUCGCAAAUAUUUCCACUUACAAACCUGGAAAUAUUUCCCAUCCCAAAUAUUUCCCACACAGUUGUCACACUUCUCCACCGGAAAUUCAUUAGUGUUGAAUUCAACAAAAUCGUUUUGUGGGCCGUUUUGGGUUAAUUCCAGAAAAUAUUUUGGUGAAAUGGACAAUAUUGUUGUUCAGUUCACCAAAUUCGUUUUCUUCAAUAAAGCAAAGUUGUUGAUUGAAUCGUUUUAUUGAUUUAGACAUUAUUUUAUUGAGUGUAAGAGCAUAAAAAGCGUGAAAAAAUCAAAUGGAAGUUACUUUGUGCUCAAAUGAGUAGCUCUGUGUGUGUUUGCGUAGGUUGAAAUCAGUAAAAGCGCAUGGUUUUGUAAAGUACCUUGACUUACAGCGAACUACAAUAUUUUUGUUCUCAGACUGUCAAACAGAAAUAUUUGUUUACUUCGUAUUAUCAUUUUUUUCCACAGUGAAUUGAUUUUUUUGUCAUACGAAAAGGAAAAUUACUAUCCU